AUGGAGAACUUCCUAAUGGCGGCCUCAGUAGGACUCGCAAUUUGUAGGCAUCCUGUAAUUGUCCGACCUAUGCUAGUGAGACAACUCAAUGUUCCUGACAAAACAGGCAAAGCUUCAGCCACGACGAUGAUACAAGGGAGCUCUGGCCCUGGUUGUGGGAACCAACUGGGAGAUAAAAAUGGGUCUUCUCUGAGGGGUGUUUCUAUUAAAGUGUCACAGGUGAGAACUCUCACGGUGCAUCCGUUCAUCCCAAAGAGCCACCAAUGUGCCAUGGGUGACCCAGUCUUAAAAGACAUGUUGCAUCUGGCUGGGCAGCAGGGAACAUCCCCUGGGCAGCAGUCAUAUAAGUCCUGUGGGAGAGCCUUUAGUGUAAACCAUGGCCAAAUGCCGAGGCAGCAGAGUGGAGAGACAUCCGGUACAAUGAAAAAGGGCCAGGACCAGUUUGUUAAGAGUGGCAGGUGCCACGUAUCAGAGAAUGCCUUCACUUGCAAGAAGGGUGGGAAGGACUUCUCUGCCAGCUCUGGACUUGUCCAACACCAAGCCACUAACAAUGGGGAGAAGUCAUACUUGAGCACUGAGUAUAAGGGGGCCUAUCGCACUGAACAAAGAAGUUACAGGUGCAGUGAAUGCGGGCAGAUUUUUGGCCACAAAGACACAUGUGGUCAGAACCAGAAUAGUCAGAUGAGAAAAGAGUCUUAUGAGUGCAACCAGUGUGGCAAAUUCUUUAACAACGACUCUGACUUUAUGUUACACAAAAAAUCUCACAACAAAGCAAUAUGUUAUCAGUGCGUUGAUUGUGGGGAAUAUUUUAAGUAUAGCACCAGCCUCGAAGUACACCUAAAAAUGCACAAAGAAAUGUUAAACUCUUAUCAGUGUGCUGAAUGUGGGGAAAUCUUUCAGGAAAACUCUUACCUUAUUCAGCACCAGAAAACUCACACUGAUCCAAAACCUUAUGAGUGCAGUGAAUGUCAGAAAACCUUUGCCCGCAAAAAUGGGCUUACUAUGCACCAGAAAAGUCACACUGCUGGUGCAAAACUUUUUGAGUGCAGUGAAUGUCAGAAAACCUUUUCCCGUAAAAGCUCACUUACUCAGCACCAGAAAAUUCACAGUCCAGUAAGGCCUCAUUCUUGCGACAUAUGUGGAAAAGGCUUUCACCGUAAAGGUCGACUUCUUGACCACCAGAUGAUGCACACUGGAGAAAAGAUUUAUCAGUGUGAUGAAUGUGGGAAAUUAUUUAGGUACAAGUCCUCCCUUGCAGCACAUAAGAAAAUUCAUAAUGCAAGCGGGCUUUAUAUGUGCAGCGAAUGUGGGAAAGCCUACGGCACUAGUACCCACCUUAAUCAACACAAGAAAGUUCACAACAAAGCAAGUCCUAGUGGUGAAGAGAAUGUGGGAAAUUCUUUGGUGGCAGCUUCAGCCUCAUCCCCCAGAGAUAAAACACUGGAGCAAGGCCUUAUGUAUUCAGCAAAUGUGGGAGAGUCUACAGAAGACUCUCCCACCUCUCCUCCGUGA